CUGACAGCGGUGCGAUCUGAAGUGUACUUUUGGCUGCAAGAAAAGUCCCGGAACAACAGCUGUCCCAUGUCCAUUCAUAACGAUUUGAGCAACGAGACGCUCGUAGAAGUUGACUGCGACAGUAAAAUGAAGAUGAUGCUUGUAUGCCAGAUUCCAGAGAACGCUUACUUCACUAUGCUUGGUGAAGGAAUGGACUCUUUCGGCAAGUUUUACUUGGUUAGAGACGGAUUCCAGAGCGUGUACCGCACUCGGUACAGGGAUACCAUCGGCCUGAACAGCGAGAACACCGAGUAUCAGAUCAACAAGACCGGUAAAAUAUUGUUCUCAGCAGCCAUGCAAGUCCUGGAUGUUCCUAUGGGAAGGUUUAAGUCCCAUAGGCAAGACGGUCCAGAGGACGAACAGGAGACUGUCAUCUCAGCCUGCGCAGACGAAGAGUUCACGUGCAACGACGGCUCGUGCAUCCCCCUGACGCAGCACUGCGACGGGCUGCAGCAGUGCCACGACUUCGAGGACGAGGACUGCGAUCAGAACAGCUACCUCGCACAGAACUACGACAAAACGCGCGCUAGUAAUACCAGUCUCCCGAUUAAACUUAAUAUCAGAAUCAGAUCCAUUUCUGACGUGGAUAUUACUAACGGCCGUCUCAAGCUCAAAAUUGAAGUUAAAACUUCUUGGAAAGACGGAAGGAUUGAAUUCGUCCAACUUCAGAAAGAUUUGGAGAGGAACGUCAUUUCAGAAGACAUAUGGUACCCAAAAUACCACUUCGAAACUUUGGUGUUUGAGGACGAAAGGGAUUACUACCAGGGGAACAACAGCAUCUCGAGGCUCAUGGCAGCACGAGGCAAGGCUACGGCCAUCAAGACCUACAAGACUCAGAGGAAGCGCCUGUACGAAGCCGAGGUGGUACACAUUGAGCUCACUUCCUUCACUCUGCUCUGUGACUUCGACCUGACGAUCUACCCUUUUGGGGUGCAUCCCUGCAUGUACAACAUCACCCUAGAGGAUCAGAGUGACAAUGGUCCAUACUUCAACAUGUCCGCAACGCAACUGGAGCUGAAAGAGCAGAGCAUGUCACUUUUCAUGGUGCGGUACAGCUGCGUCCAGGUACCGAGCAACUCAACGCCGCGCACCAUCACCGUCACCGUGCUGCUGGAGAGCCUCUACGGAGGCUUCGUGCUGAGCAUCUUCACGCCGGUCGCGGUCAUCACCGUCAUCGGCAUCUCCACGCUCUACUUCGCCUUUGAAAACUUCCAGGAUCGUAUCGCCGCGACGCUCGCCUGCCUCAUUGUCGAGGCGGGGAUCUACUCGCAAAUCUGCGUCGUCAUCCCCAUCUCGGCGGCCCCGAAACUGGUCGAUAUUUAUUUCUUCUACGGGAUAUUGAGGAUGUUUUUCGUAUGCAUUCAUCACCUGAGUGUGUACCGCUGGCUGAUUUAUUUGAAAAAUCGUAAAGCUCAAGAAAUAGAGAAGCAAAAUGCUCUGGCAUUGAAAUUUAUUAGGAAAUUCACAGACAAAGCAAAAGGUCUCUCCUAUCAAGCCGCUUCGAAGCACGACAAAGGGGCCAAGAGUGUCCCUGCUCUAGGGUCAUCGGACUUAGACUCGGAAGGUGGAGUGAAAGGCUCGGGUUCACCCCACGCAAGAUCAUUCCUGGACUCGAGCCUGAUCACGUCGGGGGAGUCACAGCGUCGAAUUUCCCCAGGCGACAAUGCGACAGAAGCAGUAAAUGCGUGGACAGCAAAUGAAGAAACGGACAAGAAAUUGGCUGGUAUGUAUGCCAGGUUAAAAGCUGCCAACUACUUUUGCUUCACUUUAUGGCUCGUCUUUGAUUUUAUUUUUGUUGGGCUAAUAUCUUAUAUGAUUAUUGUGUCGAGGCAAUACGUCUUCGGUCAAUUUCCUUCUAUUACCCUUACCCAGUAAGAGUAAUACGGUUAUUCACUGAAUCACUGUGCUCACUAAAUGGCAUUUAUUCAUUGAUCUAUGUCAAAGAAUUUAAAGGAUUCGACAACCCAAACCUUCGAAAAAUCACAACGAAAUGGUUAUUCAUAUGUCAUAUUUCUAGUUAUAGGUGAAAGUUAAGGUGGUGAUAGUAGCGGAGGCAGAGUCAUAGUGGUCCAUUGUGAGCGUAUUAUUGUGCAUUGUAGCUGUCAUCGGUAGUAUUCAAAGUGCAGGUAGGAGUGGUGAUAGGAGUAACCUUAAUCAGUAUUCUGACGAAGGCGUACGAUCCAUUUUAGAAGUAAAAUAACUUAGAUCAGUGUCCAUUCAAAAAAAAGCUAAUAAAAAUGAUUUAAAUCAUAAUAGUCGUUAGUUUAGCUUUGAUGUUCGAAUAUUCACCAUAGGUGUUCAUUCGUAUAUUCAUCAUCAGUGUCCAUUCAAAAUAAAUGUUAAUAUAUAUAGUUGAAAGCAUAAUAGUCGUUAGUUUAGC